AAAUAGAUGUUCGAGUGUAACAAAUAAAUGUACUUUUAAAGUUUUCUGGAAGUUUACUGUAGAUCUUUAUUCAAACCUGUCAUGUCCGAAUAUAAAGCUUCUAAGGGAAAAUUAAGUUUCAAAGGCGAUAGAGAUAAAAAAAAAAAGAAAAAGCGUAAGGCUGAAGAAUCUAUUGAAGAAGAAGGAAAUCAAGAAGGUUGGGUUUUUGCAGAAACUCAAGAAGAUCUAAUUGGCCCUUUAUUUUUAAUUUUCAAUAGUGAACCUUUGUCUUGCCUAUAUUGUUCAGAAAAAGAUCAUAGUAUUGGAGUGCAACCUUUACCACCUGGAAAACAAUUGACAACAAUUGAACCUGAAGAUAUUGCUUCAGUAUUUAUUGGCUCUAGAAUUGUUGGUAGUACAGACCGUAUUUCAAUAAAAACUUUUGAUGAGAAAUAUUUAGCUUCAGAUAAAUUUGGUGUUAUUACAGCAGAAAGAGAAGCAAUUGGUCCUCAAGAAGAAUGGACACCUAUUAUAAAAAGUGAUGGAAUUGCAUUACAAAGUAUUUAUGAAAAAUAUUUAAGUGUUGACGAAAUUGCUGAUGGUGGUUAUAAUUUAAGAGCUGAUGUUGAAACCGUUGGAUUCUGUGAAACUUGGAAAAUAAAAUGUCAAGCCAGAUUACGGAAAAAAGUUAAGAGUACAAAAAAAGAAACAAAACCUAUUAGUGAAUACGAGAUUGAACAAAUCAAAAAAUAUCAAACUUGGGGCGGUGGCAGAGUAAAAACAUCUAAGGAAGAGAUCUCAGAAUUAAAGAAAGCAAAGAAGGAAGGAAACUUUGCUGAAGCUUUACUCGAUCGUCGUGAAAAAGUCAAAGCAGAUCGUUAUUGCAAAUAAAAUCUAAAGCUAAUUUAUACCUAUAUUACAAAGCUUAAAAAUAUGUGCGAGACAUCAGAUUCAUUUUUAAACCACUUAACAAGAUAAUUUGUGACAAUAUUUACCCUUUAAAUAUUAUUGAUUUUAUAUUUACAAAAAAAAGUUUGAUAAAUUCUUUUUCAAAAUAAAUAUAAAAAAAAAUGUCUAAAUAAAACAGUCUAUAAAAUUAUUAUUAUGGAUAAAAUACAUACACCAAAAUGAAGAAAAAAUAAAUAAAAAAAAAAAUCCCGAAAAGAAUACCCGAUCUAAGAUAAUUAAAAAUAUACUUAGUAUACUUAGAAUGGCCCUAACCAGUAGCACCGUGACCUA